AUGGAAAAAGACGACUCGAUUUCAGCUGAAUCAAUCUCUCUCCAGACUCUAUCUUCCAUUAGAUCACUCAUUAUCAACGCCGACACUUCCGACUCGGUAAUUUCCUCGGUGUUCAAAUUUCUUACUGGUCUUCUGAGUCGAGACGACCCGGCGAUUCUUCACCACGUCCUCAAGCUCCUCUCCGACCUUUCCAUUUGGAGAAACGAAUUAGCUACACAGAUCUUCGAUUCCGUCCUGUCAAACUUGCUUCGCCUUCAAAACUCCGCCGCCGAUGCGAGUCACGGACGCGUCGCCGUGGAAUCGCUUGCUCUGCUGGCGUCGCUGUCAGAGACGAACCCCGGCAACGCCACCGCGAUUUCCAAAAUCGACGGCGAGGGAUUUGCGUCGAUCUGCCUCGGAGCACCUAUAUCUUUUCGGCUGUGGCUGCUUAGGAACGCGGAGAGGUUCCAUGUCCCGUCGUCCGUACUUUUCACCUUGUUCUUAGGGUUCACCAAGGAUCCGUAUCCGUAUAUCAGAAAAGUAGCUCUGAAUGGGCUGAUUCAUAUAUGUAAGGCUGGUGACUUCGAUCACGCCCAUGCCGUACAAGGCUGCUAUACUCGUGCUGUUGAGCUUCUAGGCGAUGCUGAAGAUAGCGUCAGAUCUUCUGCAGUUCAUGCCGUUAGUAUGUGGGGCAAAGUGUUGAUAGCAUCCAAGGUAGAGACGAAGAGAAGAGAGUGUACGGAUGCUGUGUUUCUCCAGCUUUGUUCUAUUGUGAGAGAUAUGAGUGUAGACGUGAGGGUUGAGGUGUUCAAGGCAUUUGGGAUAAUAGGAACUGCAUCAGAAAGCAUUAUUCUGCAGACACUUUCCAAAAAGGUAUUGGGAGCGGGAAAAGGGAAGAAACUGCAGAGUCAGCAUUUGAAAGAACCAGCUGAUGUCUCUGCUGCAGCUGGAGUUUUCAUCCAUGGUUUUGAAGAUGAAUUCUACGAGGUACGUGAAGCCGCGGUUGACUCCUUCCACUCCCUCUCAGUAAAUUCUGUCGAAUUCCCAGAUGAAGCUGUGAACCUAUUGAUGGAUAUGCUAUACGAUGAUUAUAUGGUUGUCAGGUUGAAAGCUUUAGAGGCAUUGCAUCAUAUAGCAGACUUGGGGAACUUGAAAAUACAGGAAACUUAUCUGCCCGCCUGUUUGGAUGCUCUUGUUGAUACUUCUGAGAACAUAAGACUUACGGCUAGAAACAUUCUCAAAUUGGUAAAGAUGCCUGAUGUGAAGCUGGUCAACAAAUGUGUUGAUGGUAUCCUAAAAAGUUUAGAGAUGUAUCCACAGGACGAACCUUUUAUCUUGUCUGCUCUGUUCCAUUUCGGACAAAACCACACAAAGUUCUUAGUCAGUAUGGUCAAGAGAUUUUGUGAAAAGUUAGAGACAGCUUCCGGAAAUAAAUCGGAAUUCAACAGCCGACAAGUAUCUGCGUCUCUGAUGCUGAUAAUCUCAGCCCCUCUUGCAGACAAACAAAGCAUCACCUCGAUACCACCUCUGGCUUUUUCAUAUUCACUUGCAUUGCUGGGGAAAUUCUCUUGUGGACUUGAUGAUAUGAUGGACCAGGAUACGUUUUUGGCUUACUUGUCUCAUUGCGCUGUUCUUUCUGCUUCUUCGGGGACAGAAUUCAACAAGGGAGAUAUGUUUUUUCAUGCAUAUAGGCACAGCAAUGAAGAUAUUAGCGGAAACCCCAUCGUCCUACAGAGCAAAGAUAUACCUGCUGCGAGCAAACACAUGGCUUCAAAAGCAGAAGUGGAAAAUGGAAAUGAAGCAAUGAAGUCUGUUAACCAUAUACUGUUGAAAGUAAAGGCUGCCUGGUUAUUAUCACAAUCAGGAUGCUCGAAAGACGCAUUCCGAGCAUUGAGGUCUUGCAAACAGGAGUUGCAAACAGCCAAUUCUUCAAUCUCCAAUGGUGCAUUAGAAUUUAUGUGUCAGUACGUUCACUUAAUAAAACUUCUCUCCCAGGUGUGGCCUCAUUUCGAAUACUCAAGACACACCAGCACGUGUAAAUCUGUAGAACUGGAACUACUGAUGGAAGAAGUAGAGAUAAAACUGAUGGAGAUAAGGUGUCGAUUCACAGGCCUGUCUACGGAGGUGUCACUAGUAAUGGAGCUGAUAAUUUUGGGUUGCUUGUUAAGACUAUAUAAAUUUGAGAGUUGCUGCCGCCUUAGCUGCAAGAAGAAGCUAGCAUCAACAGUAUCUCAAUUAGAGCUCCACCAUGAACAACAAUGCACCAAACCAUCAGAAUUUCUAACUGAAACUAAGAAGUCAUUGCAAGAGGUUGGGAGCUAUGGUGAUAUAAAUUGCUGUAGACUGCUAGAUCUCAUCAGGAAAUACAAUUGCUUCUCUCCGGAACAGUUUACGUUCUCUGGUGAUCUGCAGUGUGUCAGUGCAGAGCUCGAGGUUCCUGGUAAUGGUCCUUACAGUCCGAUUGCCUUUGUGGCUGGACUACCAGUGGCUAUACCGUCUGAGAUCAUGCUUCUGAAUGUGCCAAAAGAUACCCGUUUGUGGCUGAGAAUAUCCAGAACCGAUGAUGAAACUUGCCAGUUUGUGUACCUUGGCCAAAACCUUUACAAGGGAGAUGAGAGAGAGAAGAGGUUCAUGUUUAGUGCAGUGAGUUAUAUGACCCCGAGGGCUCUUGUGUUCACAUUGCGGGUCUCAAUAGGCAUGGAGUGUUUGUUUGAAGACAUUUGUGACGGAGGACGGCGUUAUGGUCCGAAGCAUCCAGUGGCCUAUCUGUGUAAGGAAAGAGAAGUUCACAUUUCCUCUGUUUCAAGAACCUAA